AUGUCCUCGGAUUCGCAAAAAACCGCAAUCAUGAAGCUGGUCACGAACGAUGGUGAGAAUUUCGAUGUGCCACGAGAUGUGAUCCGUCUAUCAACAACUAUCAACACAAUGCUACAGGAUCUUGGUCUUGACAAUGAAUCGAAUGAUCCGAUUCCGAUUUGCAACGUCUCCGGUCCUAUUAUGAAGAAGGUCUUGCAGUGGUGCACAUUCCACAAAGAUGAUCCGCCAAACACUGACGAUUCCGACAAUCGUGAGAAACGUACGGAUGAUAUUCCAAGCUGGGAUGUUGAGUUCCUUAAGGUUGACCAAGGCACCUUGUUCGAACUAAUCCUGGCUGCCAAUUACUUGGAUAUCAAAGGUUUGCUUGAUGUGACCUGCAAGACGGUCGCCAAUAUGAUCAAGGGGAAAACUCCGGAAGAGAUCAGACGUACUUUCAACAUCAAGAAUGAUUUCACUCCGGAGGAGGAAGAGCAGAUUCGUAAGGAGAAUGCCUGGUGUGAGGAUUAG